UGAUGGAUGUCUGUGUAAAUUGUGUUGUGGCUUGGGUCUUUUUUUCUUGUGUGUAUGACUGCAGAAACAACAUUUCAUUUGAGCCUCUAUGAGGUUCUAGUGACAAAUAAAUUGUAUUGUGUAUUGUGUAAAUGCAGGAACUGUGAUCUUGGUCAUCAUGGACACAUCAAACUGAAGGGUCAGUUUCCAUCCGUGUGGCUCUAUGAUCCUUCCGCCGUGGUAAACGCUCAGUAAUGUACAAAUGCCCGAUCUGUUGCUGGAGCCCAUCCUUGCUGCUCAUUACACCCAGAACUCGUCAGGAUCUCACCUCCAGUAGCCUUCUAUCUGACUCUCUGUCUCCUCUGCUUGAUCUUUGUCUUUUGUGCUUUGGUCUGGGUGAAUUCGGCCUCAUUGUAGUGGGGACAGACUGCAGGUGGCCACGAUGAUGCCUGUGUGGGCAGAAAGCCCCACAACAAUCCACUCGGGAUCCGAUCACUAGGAUAGGGAGUACCAUAUUCAGCUCCAGAGAUUCAAUCAUGGAAACCUUGGAACAUGGAAAGGACAUUCAAAAAAGCUGGAGUAACGCAGUGGGUCAGGCAGCAUCUCUGGAGAGAAGGAUUAGGUGAGGUUUGGGGUGGAGACGGCUUUGUCAUGACCUUGGGACAUUGACAACACAUUGGGUCCAGACUUCAGCUGUAAGUGUGUAAGAGUCAGCUGGGGAUUUUAAGAUGGAAAGAGGAAUCGACCCAAAAGAUAGAAAGGAGUGAUGUAAGAGAUGUCUGAGUCUGCAGUGCCACAGCUUGCUCUGCCGCAACCUUGGUUUAGAUUACAGUGGGAUGGCAGCACGCAUUGACGAUGAGACUUCACUCAAUGUGUUCCUUUGUUGCAGCCUUGCUGAGGUGCACAGCAGUGAGCAGUUUUACACAAUGCAACUGAUUGUCUCCAUUCAGAGCCUGGCUCAGUUAACCAUUCAAGGCCAGAGUCCACGUAUUGGAAAUGUAAAUGCUGGGUUCUGUUUAAUCACCUACUACCUUGAGCUGACAGACAGACACAGACACAGACAGACAGACAGACACACAGCCACACAGCCACACAGACAGACACACAGACACACACACAGACAGACACAGAGCCAGGGGCAUGUGGAUGCUGCUCCUCCUCCCGCUCAAACCUCUCACUGCUCCUUCCCUCUGCCUUCCUCCACUCUCACCCCGCUGUCCCCUGUCCCUCCUUCUCCACGCUGCCUGUGUAUGCUCGCCUGUCCUUCUCUCUCUCUCUCUUUCUCCUCAACUAGUGGUGACAGGGCUAAUGACAGAGCCAGCACUGGGCAGGGAGCGGCUUCCAGCUGGGAGAUGGGCCGAAAGGCCCGGCGCUACAUCAACCCCGGGCUGAACCGCAAAGCAUGCGAUCGCUUGAAGACGCAGCCCCUGACGACCGCUGAACGGUCGUAUGUGGUGAAUGUAAACAAGGACAUCAGUGAGGAGGAUGAGAAGAUGGAUGCGAGGUCAAAGCUGAGUGUGGCCGCAAAGAUGUCCCUGUUUAAAGAACUAGAGAAAACCUCCCCUGCAGAAUCUGCCUCCCCGUUGCGACCUCACAGCAAAAAUGCAGCCCUGGAGCGCAGAUUGCGCCGCACGCACGACCGAAGUCGUACACAGCCAGUAACGACGGAGGAGAUGGUGGUAGCACACAGUCUCCCCAGAGCCCGCUCGCCAAAGUCGGUGGAUGUGAGUGGACCGGAGGCCAGCGCAGAAUCGCAGGAAGUGGAGGAGAGAGUGGACGAGAACUCCAAACUGAGCCUGAGUCAGAAGAUGGCCCUGUUCGAUAGCCUGUGCCAGCCGAUGCCACACAAAGCACCCCAGCUGGAAGGGGCAAGCGAGCGCAGACAGAAAGGAUUCCGCUAUCGCACCCAGCCCGUCACCAUGAGUGAAGUCCCAAUGUUCCAGGAACAAACGAAACAACGUCCUCAAUCGCUGCCCAACUCACAAGUACCUCUCACGGCAGUGGAAACACCAUCACAUGUUGUACAGCUUGCUGCGCAGGGGGAGAAGCUGGAGCCUGAGACCAUGGCAGCUCUGUCAUUCACCAGCAUCCAGGGCAGCUGGGAAGGAGCCAAUGAGGAGAAUGGAGGGAUGGACAAGGACAUUAAGGGAAUAUUGAGAACACAGAGUCUUGAUGAGCAGAGAGAUGGACGUCUGGAGUGUUGCAAUCUGUGGGAACGGCCUGGGGAACGUGUGGCCAGCGUAAUGGCAGAGAGCAGCUCUGUUCCAAGUGCUCUGUGCGAGGCAGGGAAGGAGCAACAGUACGCUGGCAUGGUUGGGACAUCCAAUGAGAUACAGAUCGCAAGCCUUGCUGGGGCAACCAAUGAGAUCACGGGCCUCACUGAGGCAACCAAUGAGACACAGAUCGCAGGCCUCACUGGGGCAACCAAUGAGACACAGAUCACGGCAACGGGCCUCACUGGGGCAACCAAUGAGAUACAGAUCGCAGCCCUCACUGGGGCAACCAAUGAGAUCACGGGCCUCACUGGGGCAACCAAUGAGAUCCAGAUCGCGGGUUUCACUGGGAUAUCCAAUGAGAUACAGAACACAGACGUGGCUGGGACAUCCGAGGAACCGCAGGGAAUGGGAGAUGAAAGGAGACCAAUUGAGAAAGAUCUCUCAGAGGAACAAAAUUCCAGUGAACCACAGGAAGUCCACGAUAGGAGAGAAGCAGUGGCAAUUGAAAAAUUGGAGCCGUUGCCACAGGACAUUUUUGUGACGCCACCAUCCUCACCUCCAUGGCAACAGGCAGAGAGCAAACCCUCUCCACUGUGGCAACAGGCCAAUGGGAAGUCCUCACCGCCGUGGCAACAGUCCAAUGACCAGGCCUUGCUACCAUGCUCUUCCGCAUCAUCACGGCAACAGGCUGAUACCCAACUUGCUCCACAGGGUCAAAUCCAAAUGGAAGAGAAGUGCCCCCCGGAUCAGUUACUGGAUGAGGACAAUGGGGAAGAAACAUCAAUCAAACUUGGAACAUCUCUUAGAGAUAGGCUGCAUCAGCUGAAAGGUGGAGAGGAACAGUGGAGGCACAAGAGCAGCAAGAUCCAGAGCAGCAUCCGUCUCCCACUGACAGAGCGAUACAGCCACUUGCAGGAGGCCGAGGGUGCCUGGAAGAAGAAGGAGGAAGAUGAGAAUCCGAACUGCGCAGAGCAGUCACAAUGUUGGGACCCUGUCUAUUCCUCCAUCUAUUCCCCUGUUGCUAGACAAUGCCAGUACAUCAUAUGUUAUGACCAGGUGAGCAGCAUACCUGUUGUCAGCUACGGUGUUCACACAGGCCUGGGCGAAGGUUCCUCUCACUGUGACUGUGGACUACAAGCUACUGCUGCAUUUGCUGCCUCUUGUUCUCACUUUCUCACUUUCCUGUCUCUCUGUCUGUCUCUCAUCCCAAAGGAAGCACUUUCAUUCAAGGUCAAAGCGGCAGCGUUUAAUCAGAGCGGCCCUGGGUAUCUGUGGAGACGAAAGAGGACAGCGACCGAUAUCGGGGGAAAGAUAUCGCUGGAGGAGCGUAAACAGCUGAUCUCUGUGAGCGAGGAGCAGUGGAAAAUGAAGGGCAAAGGUGCAUUCAACGACUCCACACAGUUCACCGUGGCUGCACGUAUGGUGAAGAAAGGGUUAGUGUCGACCAAUGCAGGAAGUAAUGACGAGGCAGUUAUUCCAUUCAAGAAGGUUGCCACAGCGACCAGCACACCGACCAGACCGCUCGAAGAGAUUACAAGUCGUUCUGAUGUGCCCCUGGAGAGUGAUGCUACUUUGGAUAGCUUGGAGACCUUCCUCAAUAAACUCCACUCCAAAACCGCCAGCAACCAGGAGACGACCAUCACGGUGACGGAACAAACAGUGAAGGAAGUACUGAGGCCAGAUGAUGACGACACCUUCAGUAAAUUCUACAAGCACACACCGAGCCUCCUAACGUCCACUGUGGUGCAAAUCGACGAGAGCUUUGAUGCCAUUUUUGAAAGCAACAUGCCAAAGCUGAUCUCUGAGGUGGCAGAACACAAGCGAGCAGUGAGACCCACUCGUAAAACCCAGUCGUCGCGCAACCCCCUUCGAGUUCUGGCUGCCCGAGGGGACCUCCGGCUGGAGUACACCGAACAGCGGCUCAACGUGGCCGCGGUGGAGGCCAGGAGGAUCCGGGCAGAGAAGAUGGCCAAACACUCGAACUAUGCUGACGUGGCGUUGGCAGGGCUAACGAGCAAGGAGAACUUCAAGAACGUCAACCUCCGCAACGUGAAGAUGACAGAGCAGCCGUUGAGCAGCAGCAGCAGCCUCCCCUUCAGCAAACUGAUGCUGCUGCAAGUGAAGGGUCGCAGGCACGUGCAGGUUCGGUUGGUGGAGCCCCGAGCCACAUCACUCAACAGUGGAGACUGCUUCCUCCUGGUCACGGCUAAGCACUGCUUCCUGUGGAUUGGCGAGUUCGCGAAUGUCAUCGAGCGCUCCAAGGCAUCAGAGCUGGCUAAUUUCAUCCACACAAAACGUGAACUGGGGUGCCGGGCGGCAGCAGUCACCAUUAUCGAGGAGGGCAUUAACAACCAAAGCAAACGGACCAAGGACUUCUGGGAUCUCCUUGGUGGCCAGAUGGAAUAUCAAGAUGCUGGGGACCCUGAACAAGAUGAGAUGUACGAAGCUGCAAUCAUCGAAACAAACCACAUAUAUCGCCUGGUGGACGACAAGCUUGUCCCAGACACGGAAUGGUGGGGAAAGAUCCCGCGCUGCUCCAUGCUGAGUUCAAAGGAGGUUCUGGUCCUUGACUUUGGCAGUGAGUUGUACAUUUGGCAUGGCAAGGAGGUGACGCUGACACAGCGAAAGACCGCGCUGCACUUGGGCAAGCAGCUGCUGAGCAGUUCCUACGACUACAGCAACUAUGUCAUCAACCCCCUGGACCCUGGUGCCACGAGGAACAUUGUCCAACAACAGGGGCGUCCCGAGUGGGUCAUUUUUGGUCGUUUAUCGCAGCACAAUGAGACAAUUUUAUUCAAGGAGAAGUUUCUGGACUGGGUUGAUCUGAGAAAACAGAACCAGCGGGAAGUGGAGCCCACAGCCGAGUUAAAGGUACAGCUGGAGAACCAGAAUGAGCUGCGGGCGUACGACGCUAAGCUGCUGCUUGCAGCCCCGCAGCUGCCGUGCGGGACGGUGCUAGACGGGGUGAACGUGCAGCGGGGCUACGGGCUGCUGCACAUGGCCGAUGGCAGAGUGUCUGAGCUGAAGACCGUGGACGUGGCAGUCUGGCACGUUCAGGAGUUUGAGCACAGCGAGUUGCCCAGGGAGAGUUACGGCCAGUUCCAUGAGGGGGACACCUACGUCAUCCAGUGGAAGUAUACAGUCAGCAGUCUGGUGGCGAAGCGACAGACACCAGACCAGCUGAGCUGCUCCGGUUCUGGGAAGGAACGAUCUGCCUAUUUCUUCUGGCAGGGCACUCAGUCGAGCAUCAGUGGCAAAGGUGCCUCGGCACUGAUGACUGUGGAGCUGGGCAAGGACAGAGAAGCACAGGUGCUUGUGUCACAGGGAAAGGAGCCACCCUGCUUCCUGCAGCUGUUCCAUGGUGGAAUGAUCAUUCACUCUGGCUGGAGGGAUAAAACAAGAACACCACAAGGUAUCUGGCGACUUUACUCGGUGCAGGGAGAGGUUGCGGUGGAGGGCCGUCUCCUGGAAGUCGAGUGUGACUGCAGCAGUCUGCGCUCCAGGGCUUCACUGGUGCUAGUGAACACCCAGCAAGCGCUGGUGUACCUCUGGCACGGCUGCAAGUCGCAGGCCAACGUGAGAGAUGUCGGCAGGAAUGCAGCCAAUAUGAUUAAAGACCGACCACCCCGGGAGCUGGGGGUGUGGAGCAGGAUGGAGGUGACAGUGUGUGAGUUGGAUGAAGGUUCAGAACUGCCAGAAUUCUGGCACGCACUGGGGCGACCAGAUCGGAAAGCGUAUGACUGCAUGUUACAAGAUCCUGGGAAAUAUAACUUCACCGUGCGACUCUUCAGGCUGACUGCCUCCUCGGGGGAGUUCACCGUGACAGAGCAGCUAAGUCCCACCCGCAUCUCCAGUGGUGUCAUGGCCAUGCCAUUCUUACAGGAGGACCUCUACUCUGUCCCUCAGCCAGCUUUAUUCUUCCUGGACAACCGGUUUGAGGUUUACCUCUGGCAGGGCUGGUGGCCGACGGAAAGCAAGAGCACGGGCUCGGCGAAGAUCCGGUGGGACAUGGAGAGACGGUGUGCCAUGGAGACGGCCCUGCAGUAUUGCACAGAAAAGAACACCAAACGACCUCCCAAAGCAUACAUGGUGCAUGCCGGCACAGAGCCAUUGACCUUCACAAAUAUCUUCCCACGGUGGGAAUACGAGAUGAAGAAUAUACAAGAGGUGGGGCAGGACGGCAGCAGCAAAGUGCUCUUGGUUCAGGAUGCUUUACUGAGGCUUUGUAAGACGCAGUACUCACUGGAGGAGAUUAUGUCCAGACCUCUCCCUGAAGGAGUUGAUCCACAGAGACUAGAAACCUACCUGUCAGAUGAAGAUUUUCAGAAACUUGUGCAAAUGCCGAGGGAGGAAUUUUACAAGCUUCCUAGUUGGAAACAAGUGAAUUGGAAAAAAGCCAAAGGCCUGUUCUAAGUGGACGAUGAUACCCUUGCCCUGGCUUUUCCAGGACUGUUUACAAUUCCACCCUGGCUCACCACAUCAGAUCGCCACUUGCCAGCACAAGUGUAGCACAAGCAAAUGUGCGACACAUUCAUAACUUGUUACAUAUCACUCUCCUAUGUACUGAAACUCUGUAUGAGUGCACUAGAGAAGAUCCUUGUGGAUUGGUUGUGACUGUUGAUCUUGUCGACCCCAUCACCAUCCCGUGCCAACUAAUGUCAGCACCAGCCUCCUGUGCUGGGGUUGGGGAGUCUGAUCCCUGGGUUGCCAAGGAGCUCAAAUUAAUUUCCAGUAUACGGUAUUAACUGGAGAGAAAGAACCACAGGGGAAUUAUAAAGCCCAUGUCCCACUUUCCCGAGUUACUCACAAAUUCUCCAGAGUUUUCCCCUUGAUUCAAACUCGGAGAUGCCAGCCGCAGGUACUCAGGGCUAUUUUUUUUACUCGUGGACAUUUUUUAACAUGCUGAAAAUACGUCCCAACUUGCCUGGUGCCAUGAGUACCUACGGCUGGCAUUACGAGCCGCUACGAAAUAUCUACGAACGCCUACGGACUCGCUACGGACAUUCCCCGAGUUUGAAUCAAGGGGAAAACUCGGGAGAAUUUGUGAGUAACUUGGGAAAGUGGGACAGGGGCUUAAGCAGUUACACGGGAAUCCUUCCUAUUUGUUUUGAAGACAUUUAUAUAUUAGUGAGGGUGAGGGAGGGAAGGAUGGGGUGACAGACUGGCUGAUGCGAUGAAACAUCCUGAAGCAAAGCAAGAAUUUCAUUGUCCUAUCAGGGACACACGACAAUAAACUCUCUUGAAUCUUGAAUCUUGAGAUACAUCCAACCAUCUUGCCAUCCUUGGGCUUUUCAUAAGUUGUUUCCCCUGCCAAGAUCUAACUCUUCCAGACUGAGCUGGACCCAGACCCAAGCUUUUCACUGUACCUCAGUACAUGUGACAAUAAACCAAACUAAAUUCAUUGCCAAAUGUGGCACUCCUCCACCAAUCCACCUUCUCCUGCCAUGCUCAGUAUCUUUCAUUCAGAUCCAUUGUUUGUCAACUGGUUUGUUUUGUAACUCUCAUAUAAUGGAGGUCUAACUGAUGGAAAUUAUCACUGUUACAAGGCAAGACUGGAGGUUUCCAACCUGUGCAGACCAUUAAAAGGUCAGAGAUAAGCGUUGUGAAUGUCCGAGAGCAACAAUGUGAAUGUGGUGCUGGAGGAUGUAACCACGAAACACAACAACUAAGAACUAGAAGUGUUCAAGAAGGAACUGCAGAUGCUGGAGGAUCGAAGGUACACAAAAUUGCUGGUGAAACUCAGCGGGUGCAGCAGCAUCUAUGGAGCAAAGAAAAUAG